ACGACGAGGACAAAGAGAGGCACGAGGCACGGCACAGCAAAGGAUGGCGACGGGCCUCAAGGGCCUUCUCGAGGCGGCAGCAUGUCUCUGUGGGCAGAGGGAUGCGAAGCUGUCCCCGAGCCUCCGAGACAAGCCUGAGCAGGAGCUGCUCAAGGCCAGGCUGCAGAACAGGAUUGCAGCAUACAGGGCCAGACUGGGGUUGGAAGCUGAUGUAGGGAAAGAGGACGUCGAGAGGGCGACAGGAUCAAGCGCGUUCGAAGCCCUUGUUGCCAUCCACGACGCUGCAAAGACACCGGGCGAGGAGGGCACAGAUGGUGAGGGCGCCUCUUCGUCGACUGGCCCUGCGCCCCUUUUUGGAUCGCGCGACCUCCAAACGCUGCGCACACUUCUCUCCAUUGUCACCCAGUGGUACUUUUCGCCUCUGCUGGCGAGCUACGACGAGUGCUUGGCCAGUCUGGCCAGCCCAACCGGCGAGGUCCCAGAGGAUGGCAGGGCGACGUCGAGGCUCCAGGAGCUGCCCGACGAGGCAAAGCUGCGUCACAUUAGACUGGAGCAGAGAGUAGUGCUGGAACAGACGACGAACCAGAUGGACAAGACGACUUCAUCGUUGCAGAAUAUGCUUCUGGGCCGGGCUGCCGGCCAGAAGGAAGUCGCCAAUGCCGUCAUCAAUACAUGCGCCUCGCACAUCCUUGCCAUUGCCAUCCGACUUGGAUGGGGGCCCCGCUUCAAGCCCGUAGCUGGAGUUCAAGGGCCCUCGCACAGCAACGAUCACAGGGAGCAGGCUCGCAGCCUCGUAAUCGAUCUCCUCAAAACCCUCUCGACGCUCUCGGCGCUGCGCGUCCUCUCGGGUGUGACAAAGCUCUCAUCUCGACGUCCAGUGCGCCUACCUAGCUUUGUCAAGGCGACUACGUCGAGGCUCGUCGCCGCUCAGCUACUCCGACCGGACGCCGUCAUGGCCCUGCUUCGACAGACAUUUGGCGCAGACUAUGAUGAGGUCGAGAAUGGCUCCAACGUUCUGGCGAGGAUGGAAGGCGUUGCGAAGCUUCUCUCGACGCCGCCGGCCGGCAUGUCCGCCGAGACCUUUGUCUCCAUCAUCAUUCCCCAGCUUUUGGAUACUGUGUCCGAGCUUCCGUUCUCAAACACAGACACAGGGGCGACCCAAGGACCCAGUGGCCAAUCAACGCCGACGCAGAAGAAGACGGCGACCUUUGUCCUUGCUCGUCUUGCUGAAACCCACAGCGAAUCGAUCAAGUCCUGCCUGGCCAAGCACCUCUGGAGCGCACUUGUGCCGACUUCAGCCAAGGCAGAGGCCGGGGUGGACGAAGGACAGGUCAUCUCGCAGCCAUGGUGCAUCUCGAGGGCAGUCGAUCUCCUCCAUCGGAUCCUGCAGUACGCCGAGCCCUCCUCGAUCUUUAUCUCCUGCAUGGUCUCGCCCGUCGUCGUGCCCCUCUUCUCGCUCGUGUCUUAUACAAAGAGUGUUCACCGCCACCCUGCGGCUGCCAUAUCGAUGAUGGACAAAGGGAAGGCCAUCUCUCCAGACCCAUCAAAGGAGCUUGGCAAGGCGGCCAUGGACAUCCUCCGGACCUGGCUCAGGCUUGCAGAGGCAGACGAAGCUCUGAGCCUCGUCGGGACCGGGCUCGACGGUAUCUUUGCCGUUGCCGGGAGGAAUACGGCUUCCAUCGUGUCGGGCUGCACCGCUCGAGGAAACGGUACGGAGGAAAUGGUGCCCUGCUGGACUGAGAUGGCGGAAGGCAUAGCCAUCAAAUGGGCACGAUCCUCGUCAGAUGAUGUAGCGGAUGCAUUUGCAGAUCUAUCGAUGGAGAAUCCCAUUCGUUCCGGGCCAGACGCCGACAACAACGACGACGAGGACACAGCCAAGCUAGCGCAGCAACUCAACUCAAUGCUGCAGCUGCAGCCCGACCCCAAGCUGCUAGCGGACCUCCUUCAGGCCUCGGGGCGACAAGACGUCGCAGCGACGCUCCUUGUCUCCCUUCUCGACCGAUAUACGUCGUCGAAGCAGCAGGCUGAAUCGUUGUCGUCUUCUGAAUCGCUAAAGACGAUCCUCUACCUCCAGCAUCUCGUCCAAAUCAUCGACGUCUUUGGGUCCCAAUUGAUCAAGGGUGCGCCAGACAAGAUCCUGGCUUUUGUCAACUUCACGCUGGACGCGGCAAUAAUGGGUCCUGUGGCUUCGGACCCGGCGGUUCAUCCAUCGUCAAUGUCAUCGUCGACACCAAAGAUAGAAAGCGAAGCGGACGACAUGCCCUUCAUUAGUGUACGCCCGCAGGACACCCAGGGCGGUCUUCAAGGGUUGCUCAACGUGGAGCAGGAGGACCGCGCCGAACAGAAUGGGGUGGACGACAAAGGGACGGAGAAGUCGGCAGUGGAAGAUGAGGAGCUGGUCGACGUCGCUCUCAGCUUGCUUCUCUCGCUACUCGAGGGCCAGCCGACGAUGUCAAGAGAGUCGACGCCACUGCUCAAGGUUGUCGAUGCCAAACUCCAGGGUUACAUGGCUUCGUCGAGCCAAGGUCAGAUCGGAGCGCUAGCCAGGGAGGUCAGGCUCGUCCUCACUGCGCGCACGUCGGCAGGCGAGCAACAGCACCAGCAACGAAACUCAAAGCUGUUCAUCGGACCGCGAGAAGAGGCGCUGGCGCGAGGGAGAGACAGGUACCAGGAAGCCCUCAAGCUUCUCCAAGACCCCAUCCUGCCCGUUCGCGCCCACGGUCUCGUCCUCCUCACCAAGCUCGUCAGUGCACACUCUACGCUGGACACAGCGGCGACGGGGCACACAGACGUUCUCUUCGACGAGGCACUCUCGCCAGCGAUCCUCGACAUCUUUCUGCAGGCCAUCCAGGACGACGACAGCUUCCUCUACCUCAACGCCGUCAAGGGUUUGGCCGAGAUGGCAAAGCGGGGAGGGAAGCCCACACUCAAGCGCUUGCUUGGCCUUUACGUCUCAGAUGCACCGCCGGGGGCAACUAGCGCGGCAAUGAGCCAGCUGGAAGCAGACAGACGCCUGAGGGUCGGCGAGGCGCUCCUGCAGGUCAUCCAGCACCUCGACGAGGCCAUGUCGGCCCACGUCGCCGACGUGGUGCCUCCUCUGAUGGCUGCGCUGCGCAAUAGGUACUUGCCGGCCACAGUCAGGUCCUCGGUUGUUUCGCUAUUGGGGACGUGUGUCGAGGCAGCUCCCACCGCCAUGGCCUCCCAGGGCUAUUCGCAUACACUCGCCGGCGCCAUGCUGGACCUCGCCAGCAUCGAGAGUGUCGAGAGGCCUUCAUCGAUUGGGGACAAGAGCAAGGAACCACCACUAGAUGGAGAGGAGGAGGGCGACAUCAUCAUCGACGCAAGGGAAAAGGAAAAGAGGAGAAAGUUUGCCCCGGGCCACGACGAUGCCGUCGAUGUUGACGCGAAGCUGCCACAGCUCAGGCGGUCCGCCCUGCUUCUCUUGGCGCUCCUUAUCAGGGGCACGCGGAACCAGCUGGAAGCACCACAAGGCCCAGAAGACGACUUCAUUGGAUUGGGUCGAGAGUCUCACAACCUCGAGGCUCUGAGAUUGCCCGGCAGCGGCGCGGGGAUCCUUGGACACCGUCAGGCACCCUCUGAUGAGCUCCACCUGUUUCCUUCCAGGCUUCUCGCCCGGGCCAAGGCGGUGUGCGGCUUCCUCAAGUGGAGAGACACCGAUGCACUCGUCCGCCAUCAGGCCCAGGACUGCGUCGAGGAGCUCGACGGCCUCGAGCUGGACCUCGUCCAUCAGGCUCCGUCCAGCCUCGUGUCACCACCAACCAGGAGAACUUGAAUCAAUCUGAUCUUGCUGCUCGAUUUGGUCACUGCAAUACACCAAAUGGAGCGCCGCUUUAAUUUUGCUCUAAUAAAUAGCACUAAUGGAAAUGUCGG